AUGGCAUUGAGCAUUAAACAGUUUAUUAACGUUGCUGGAAUCGUUAAGGAUUUGAAAAGCUUCAAUUUCAGCCUUUAUGGACAAUGGUUUGGUUACAUUAACAUUUUCCUUUGUAUAGCGCUUGGGAUUGCCAAUCUCUUUCAUGUUAGUGCUGUUAUUGCCUUUGGGAUUGUGGCUAUUGUUCAGGGCUUGAUCAUAUUAUUCGUGGAAGUACCUUUCCUCUUGAAGAUAUGUCCCCUAAGCGAUAAUUUCAUCGAGUUUAUCAAGAGAUUCGAGACCAAUGGUUCCAGAACCAUCUUUUACAUUGUAAUGGCGGUGAUCCAGUGGUGUUCAAUCGCUGUACAAGCCACAAGUUUGAUCGUUGUCGCUGUGGGGUUGACCAUCUCAGCUGUAAGUUAUGCGAUUGCGCUUGGUAAACAUCAGGAAUUUCAAAACACACAUAUCUUGAAAAAUCCCACAGAUGACGAUUUCCCGCACGAAGCUGUCGUUAGAGAGAUGCUUUGA